ACACAGCUAGCGAAGCACAAGUACACUGUACACACACAACGGGCGCAGUACGUACGAACGAACACAACCGCAGGGACGAUCCAGCACGUAUACGUGCAAGAGAAACAAUGGCAAAGGUGGAGGUGCUUGCGACGGAGCUGGUCGUCCCGGCGGGGGAGACGCCGGGGGGCAGCAUCUGGCUCUCCAACCUCGACCUCGCCGCGCGCAGGGGCUACACGCCCACGGUCUACUUCUACCGUCCGAAGAACCACGGCGCCGUCGACCCGGAGGAAGCCUUCUUCGCGGCCGGCGCCGUGAAGUGCAGCCUGGCCAAGGCUCUGGUGGCGUUCUACCCGCUGGCCGGCCGUCUCGGGUUGGAUGACGCCGCCGGGCGCCUCCAGAUCGACUGCACGGGCGAGGGCGCGGUCUUGGUCACCGCGCGCUCGGACCACUACGCGCUGGACGAACUGAUGAGCGAGUUCGUGCCGUGCGGCGAGAUGCGCGACCUGUUCGUGCCCGCCACGCCGGCGCCCAACCCGCCGUGCGCCCUGCUCCUGGCACAGGUCACGCGCCUCCGGUGCGGCGGCGUCGUGCUCGGCCUCGCGCUGCACCACUCUGUCGUUGACGCCCGCAGCGCGGCGCACUUCGUCGAGACCUGGGCCAGCAUUUCCCGGGGCAAUCAUCAGGACGCGCCAUUAGUGCCACCCUGCUUCGACCACAGGCUGCUCGACGCCCGGCCUUACCCGGCGCGCGCCGUGCUGUACGACCACCCAGAGUACAAGCCGGAGCCGGCGCCGGUGGACGUUACCCCCGUGUCGGCGUCCACGUACGCCAGCGCCAUUAUAACCGUGAGCAAGAAGCAGGUGGCCGCGCUGAGGGCGCGGUGCGCGGGCGCGUCCACGUUCCGCGCCGUGGUGGCCCUGGUCUGGCAAUGCGCGUGCCGGGCGCGCGCGCUGGCACCCGGCGCCGAGACGCGGCUCUACUCCAUGAUCGACAUGCGCCCGCGCCUGGCCCCGCCGCUCCCUCAGGGCUACUUCGGCAAUGCGGUGGUCCGCACGUCGGCAGUGGUCACCGUGGACGAAGUGGUGUCCAGCCCCGUCGCCUACGGCGCCCGGCGCGCGCGGGCGGCCACGAGCCAGGGGGACGACUACGCGCGGUCGCUGGUGGACUACCUGGAGACGGUGGACACGAUGAACCUGCCGAGGAGCGGCAUCUCUCGCGCCCACCUCCGUGCCAUCAGCUGGAUGGGGAUGUCGCUCAGCGACGCUGACUUCGGCUGGGGCGCGCCGGCGUUCAUGGGGCCCGCGCUCAUGUACUACAGUGGCUUCGUUUACGUGAUGAACGCGCCGGGCAAGGACGGCGCCGUCGCUCUCGCGCUGUCGCUGGAGCCCGACAGCAUGCCGGAGUUCAAGAAGACGUUCGCCGACGAGCUGGCCCGCCUCGAGGUCGAGGUGUAGUUUUGGGUGUAGCUAGCACGUCGAUGCCACGUCGAGUCGAUUUGCAUGGAUUGUACGUAGCUUGUUGCAUAAAUAAUGUCCAUUGAUGCAUGCAUGCGUGAUGCUGUUCUGUUUUAUGUAUAAUUAAGUCCGUGUACUGGGUCUCUUUCUCCUAAGAUGAUUAUUCAAUUGUUCUGACU